UACAAGAAUUCCUGAACUCCAGUGAUGACGCGACUUUCCCAUCGCGUCCCUAUCGCUAAGCAACUCGAAACGGAACAGCUAACUCUCGGCAUCGCAAGGGCCCUUCACCCGCAAACUUUACUUCACCUCCAGAAGGAAGCAGACAAAACAACAGAAACAGGCACAGGUGCCCUAUCCUACAGAAAAGGCGGAGACGCCCAAUCCCUGAAAGACAUCAAACAGAAGAAACUACAUCUCCCAGGAUGCAGCGCGAUCAAGGAACCGGUGCAUGCUGGGACGUGGAGUGGCCCAGUCUGAAACGCCUAGGGAGUUUUCCUGUCCAGGCCCAACUGACACUCCACACUCUAGAGUGUUUCAAAACUAAGCAAGAAGUUGAUAAAACCUCGCCGGUGGGUCACUAUUAUUCAUAACAAGAUAUUUCCGUUGCAAAGUAGUUUCUGAACAGCUUCCGUUUCCGGUUGGCCCAUUGCCUUGGAAACGAGGAUGCACAACACUCUGGGUGAAUAUGGCGGGGCUGAGCAGUUCGCAGAUCCCCGAUGGUGAGUUCACGGCGGUGGUGUACCGGCUCAUCCGCGACUCCCGCUACUCAGAGGCGGUGCAGCUGCUGGGCGCCGAGCUGCAGAAGAGUCCCCGCAGCCGCGCCGGGCUGUCGCUGCUGGCCUACUGCUACUACCGCCUGCAGGAGUUCGAGCUCGCUGCAGAGUGCUAUGAGCAACUGAGCCAGAUGCACCCGGAACUCGAGCAGUACCGCCUCUACCAGGCCCAGGCGCUGUACAAGGCCUGUCUGUAUCCAGAGGCCACGCGGGUCGCCUUCCUCCUGGACAAUCCCACCUAUCAGACGCGUGUCCUUCGUCUCCAGGCUGCUAUCAAGUACAGCGAGGGCGACCUGCCAGGAGCCAGGAGCCUGGUGGAGCAGCUGCUGAGUGGGGAAGGUGUGGAGGACAGAGGAGGGGAGAAUGAUUAUGAUGGCCAGAUCAACCUGGGUUGUCUGCUCUACAAAGAGGGACACUAUGAAGCUGCCUGUUCUAAGUUCUUAGCGGCCCUGCAAGCUUCUGGCUACCAGCCAGACCUUUCCUACAACUUGGCUUUGGCAUAUUACAGCAGUCGGCAGUAUGCCCCAGCUCUGAAGCAUAUUGCUGACAUCAUUGAGAGAGGCAUCCGUCAGCACCCAGAGCUAGGUGUGGGUAUGACCACUGAAGGCAUUGAUGUUCGAAGUGUGGGCAACACCAUAGUCCUUCACCAGACUGCUCUGGUUGAAGCCUUCAACCUCAAGGCAGCCAUAGAGUACCAACUGAGAAACUAUGAGGCAGCUCAGGAAGCCCUCACUGACAUGCCACCCAGAGCAGAGGAAGAGCUGGACCCUGUGACCCUGCACAACCAGGCUCUGAUGAACAUGGAUGCCAGGCCCACAGAGGGCUUUGAAAAACUCCAGUUUCUGCUCCAGCAGAACCCCUUUCCCCCAGAGACCUUUGGCAACCUGUUGUUGCUCUACUGUAGAUAUGAGUAUUUUGACCUGGCAGCUGAUGUCCUGGCAGAAAAUGCCCAUUUGACUUACAAGUUCCUCACACCCUAUCUCUAUGACUUCUUGGAUGCCAUGAUCACUUGCCAGACAGCUCCUGAAGAGGCUUUCAUAAAGCUUGAUGGGCUGGCUGGCAUGCUCACUGAGCAGCUCAGGAGACUCACCAUACAAGUACAGGAUGCAAGACAUAACAGAGAUGAUGAAUCUGCCAAAAAGGCUGUGAAUGAAUAUGAUGAAACUCUUGAGAAGUAUAUCCCUGUACUGAUGGCCCAGGCGAAAAUCUACUGGAACUUUGAAAAUUAUCCAAUGGUAGAGAAGAUCUUCCGCAAAUCUGUGGAAUUCUGUAAUGACCAUGAUGUGUGGAAGUUGAAUGUGGCCCAUGUUCUCUUCAUGCAGGAAAACAAAUACAAAGAGGCCAUUGGUUUCUAUGAGCCCAUCGUCAAGAAGAAUUAUGAUAGCAUCCUGAGUGUCAGCGCUAUUGUGUUAGCCAACCUCUGUGUCUCCUAUAUUAUGACAAGUCAGAAUGAGGAAGCCGAGGAGCUGAUGAGGAAGAUUGAAAAGGAGGAAGAACAGCUCUCCUAUGGUGACCCAGACAAGAAAAUCUACCACCUUUGCAUUGUGAAUUUGGUGAUAGGAACACUUUAUUGUGCCAAGGGAAACUAUGACUUUGGCAUCUCUCGGGUUAUCAAAAGCCUGGAGCCUUACCAUAAAAAGCUGGGAACUGAUACAUGGUAUUAUGCCAAAAGAUGCUUCCUGUCUUUGCUAGAAAACAUGUCAAAGCAUACAAUCAUGCUGAGGGACACUGUUAUUCAAGAAUGUGUCCAGUUUCUAGAGCAGUGUGAACUUUAUGGCAGAAACAUCCCUGCUGUUAUAGAACAGCCCUUGGAGGAAGAGAGAAUGCACAUUGGGAAGAAUACAGUCACGUAUGAGUCGAGAAAAUUAAGGGCUCUGAUUUAUGAGAUCAUUGGAUGGAAUGUGUAAUUAUGACUGGCAAAUGACUUUUAUCAUGAUGACUUUAUAUGUAAAUUUUCAGUUUCAUCUGUAUCUAGCUUUGGCUAUUUGUAUUUGCUAUUUGUGAGACUGUAUAUUUUGAUGUAAUAAAAGCACUAUUAGAUAUAACCCGCCAUUUUAGAUUACCCAGCAAAUGAGAUUUUAUAAGAACUGAAAAAGAUGUUGUGUCUAUCAUGUUUCCUCCAUCUUUUUGGUUUGAUGUAUCUUGGGCAGCAUUUGUACUUAUAUUAUCAGGGGACCAGACACUAAGUUCAAAGCUUAGGAGUAGGUAAU